AUGGAUAUGUCGAUGACAAACACUGGCCAAGAAGCUAGUAGUGGCUCCGGCAACAACAACAACUACUACUUCAACUCGGUGAUGAGAGAACACAUGUUCGACAAAGUGGUAACACCAAGCGAUGUCGGGAAACUAAACCGGCUCGUGAUUCCAAAGCAACAUGCAGAGAACUACUUCCCUUUAGAAGACAAUCAAAACGGCACGACGUUGGAAUUCCACGACAGAAACGGCAAGACGUGGAGGUUUCGUUACUCGUAUUGGAACAGUAGCCAAAGCUACGUGAUGACUAAAGGUUGGAACCGUUUCGUCAAAGAGAGGACUCUUAACGCCGGAGACACCGUCUCUUUCCACCGUGGCUAUAUCCCCGACGAUAACGAACCAGAGAAACAAAGGAAACUAAUGUUCAUCGAUUGGAGGCAUAGAGCAGACACAAACCUCGUACAAAACAUUAACCAUCAUCAUCAUUACCCGAUUUUCUCCGGUUCUCCGACGUCAUCUAUGCAUCAUCAUCCAACGGCUACUACUUAUUAUCCGGCGACGGAAUAUUCCAUGCCGCAUAACCGGAGUUUUCCACCGUUUUAUCAAGAAAGGGAGUUUUUAGGGUAUGGUUAUGGAAAAAUUGUUAAUGGAGGGCGUUACUACGCAGGAUCACCGUUGGAUCAGUGGAAUCUUGGUAGAUCUGAGCCGUUGGUUUUUGAUUCGUUUCCUGUUUUUCCUGCGACGAGGGCGAUGAUGUUGCCGCCUUCUCCUCCUCCUUCUCAGGUGACGGAGGGGACGGUGAAGAAGCUGAGGCUGUUUGGGGUCGACGUGGAGGAGUCUUCUUCUUCAGGGGAGACACGUGGCGAGAUGGGAGUAGCUGCAGGGCACUCUUUGUCUUCUCCGGUUGUGAUUAGAGACGAUGAAUCAUCUUGGAGGUCGCCACGUGGAGAAAUGGGUGCAUCGUCUUCUUCUUCUUCGGUUAUGCAGUUAAAGGAUGAUGAAGAAUAUAAAAGGAAAGGAAAGUCUUUAGAGCUUUGA